CCGCGUUUCUCUCUUUCUUUAUUUUUUGUGUAAAUACUAAACAGAGAAAAUUCAGCCAAAAAAAAAAAAGACUAAACAGAGAAAGAGAGAAACACUAUCUCUAAUCUAUAUUCCCUUCCCUUAAAUCUCCCAAAAAAAAAAAAAAAGUCUUCAGACAGCUCUUCUCUUUUCUUUUCUUCUUCCUUUUAAAAAAAAAAAAAAAAAAUUUAAAGUCUUGAAGACUCAGGGGUUUGACUGUAAAAGCAUUUUCCAAACCACGAAAUAGUAAGAAGAAGAAGAAGAAGACGACUACUCGUUAAUGUGAAAGAAGAAGGAAAAAUACAAAUUUAGAAAUUCAAAAUUCAAAAUUAAAGAAAAGAAAAGCGGGGGGUCGUGAACUUUGCGGUAAAGAAAAAGAAAUUCUCUCCAUUCUCAUCUCUGCCUCUGUUUCCACACAGACAGUGUGAGAGGCAACUAUUUUUUUUGUCAAAAAACAUCGCUCAUGGAUGACUCUGGUCUUUGAUAUUUAAUUUUUCUGUCAAAGUGGGGUGUUAGAAGUGCAAUCUUAGGUUCAUCAAGACUUCAUAAUUGGGGAAAGAUGACGAGCGGAGUGACUACUACUAAAGUUCGAUUAGUUCAAUGCCCCAAAUGUCGGCAGGUUCUGCCAGAGUUGGCAGACUUUCCUUUAUAUCAGUGUGGCGGAUGUGGCACAAUUCUCCAAGCAAAAAAUCGAAAAAGUGAUCCAAAAAGCAUAGAUUCUGGCUUACAUGCAACAGAUGCUACUCAGACAAAUGCAUUGGAUCUUGUUGUUGAAGAUAAAGAAUCCAACAGCUCUAACAAAGAAAUUCUUACUUCCAUGGGAGAAUGUUCCUUGGACCAGAACAAUGAGAGGGAUCAAAAACAAUCGGCGGAUUGCAUUAGCGAGCAGCUUGGAGGUAUAAAUUUAUCAAAUGAAGAUCAAAAUGAUGAAAGGAAUCAAAGCCAGUCUGAGGAAUGUUAUGGCGAGCAACUUGGGGGUGUAAACUUAUCCCAUAACUACCAAAGCAGUGACAUUGAUAAAAUUGAAUCAUGUGACUGCAAUGUUGAACAGCUUGGGGUUUCCAAUAAAGUUUGUUUGUCAACUGAGCUUGCUUCUCAGGGGAAUGAAGAGCCAUCGCCAAUAGCACAAGCAAAUUCAGAAGUAGAGGCAAAUGACGAGGGCUUGCUGUCGGUGGGAGCAAAGUCAGAGAUAGAUAUCAAGGAGGGUGAUUCUAAUUUCAGAAGCUUGAACACUGAUAAUUUAGUGGCUAAAAAUGGAAGUAUUUCAAUUGCUACUCAUCAUACGCCAGCAAGGGAAAGCAUUUCAUCAGAUACAUUUGAAUCUGCAGAUUUUGUCAACCCCAGCUCUGAGCUCAGUGGUGGACUUAGAGAUUUGUCUAAAUCCCCAACAACCAGAAGUUAUGCAUAUGAGGGCAGUGUCUCUUCUUAUGAUGGGAUGGACGACCACCUUCCUGAACGAUAUAUACAUUCAUCUGGAAGUGCUUAUAAGGUUUCAGACUUUGUUCCUUCUGAAGAAAGGUACAAAAAGGACAAAUUCCAGGUGAAUGGCAUGAUGAAUUGUAGUUCUUAUAUUGAACAUGAAGGGGAAAUUCAUUCAUUGGCUAAGAAGCAUUUAGCCAAUAAAAGCAAGUGGGAUCAAGAUGAAUUACUGGAACCCACAAUUCAUGGCCGCCCAGUCAGAAAUUGGAGGAGACGUGAGAGAGAUAGCCAUCCAUCGAGGGUGCCUUUCUAUCAAAGGGGUUCCCUAUCUGGCUAUGAGAGUGGUGGCCCUUCAAAUGAAGUGCAUAAUCACUUUGCCCGCAAUACAAGCUUUCAUUCAUCUGGCAAGUCUGAGUACCUUGAAGAGGACAAGAUGAAAUUGUUGAGAAUGGUUUCUGAAUUGCAGGAUGAACUUAGCAAAAGAUGCUAUCCAAGUGGAAUGGCUAAUGAAAGGGUUUCCACUUGGAAGGAAAACCAUAUUCCAUCGUACUAUGAUCAUGAGGCAGCUGAGGAAGUAUGUCACGACUUAAGUUAUCCUAGGUUUCCCAGAAGGUGCAUGCAGGGAAGCAGCCAGCUCCAGCAGUCCAAUUCCUCCCACAUACCUUUCUCAGGAGAGACAACAAGGAGCAGGCACCAAGCUCAUCACUCUUGUCAGCAUUGCUAUCCCCAAGACUGGCAAUGCUCAGCACAGUUGCCGCUGCCCAUCCUUCACCGUAAUAAAGGGUCAUGUUGGGUCCAUCCUAGUCAUAACUUGUACAAUUCUUACAGCUCUUGUCCUUCUAGUCCCCAAUGGUAUGUGGACAAGUUUUCCAAGUGCAGUCGUGAAACAAAAUCUGUGGAACAGAGGCAUAAAGACCAUGAGGUGAAGAAGUAUUUGAGAGAGAAACAGCAUUUGGUUAAGCGACAUUUCCGACCCAUAGCAGGUGGAGCCCCUAUCAUAACUUGCUAUAGUUGCUUGAGCCCGCUGCAGCUACCUGCAGAUUUUGUUCUCUUCAGAAGGAGAUUUCAUCGGCUAAGGUGCGGUGCUUGUUCGGAGCUGCUCAAGUUUUCACUGCAAAAUAGCACUCAUAUAGUACCAUAUUCAUUGAAUGCUGUAGACCCUCCACCAAGUGAGGUUGAUGACUGCAGUGAUUCUAUUAAUAGGAGGUUGGUCUCAGCGUCUCAUUCUCAUGCCAAUGCUUGCCUACAGGCGGAUCCUGUGUCAUGUUCUGAUGAUUAUGGACUCUCUUACUGCAAAAGUGGCUCCACUGAAGCAGAUCCUGUUUCCAUCACAUCCUUUCAUGCUCUCCAAGGCAACAUAAAUGAAAGAAAUCCGUCGUAUGAAUAUGAUCCUUUCAAGCCUAUGGGAGAGAGAAAGAAGUUUGUCUUGAAUCAGUCCCAAAAGAAACAAAAGAAUUUUGGGCAUGAAUCAUCUAGGCCUUCCUCUAAUCUGUCCAAAGCAGAAAAUUUAUCUUCAGAAAUUGAGGAGCUUCCAGCAACAUCAAGCUCCCCACUUCAUCAGCUCAUGGGUUAUUCUUCACCGAGCCAGGUCAUAAAUGGGUCUGUGCCAUCUCGCACAAGAGGAAGCUCAUACUCUACAAAGAGCAAGGCAUGCGGUCAAGGAAAUGAGAGAUCUUGAUCAGAACACAACAUUAUGGAUAUGGCAGUUGUUGAUUGUCCUGGCGAAUUUACUAAAACUGCAAACUAGAUACUUGUUCCUCGGAGGUUGGUGCCUGGUGGAAUAGGAUUGAUCUCAUUGCUUUGGAGUAUAUAGCAGAAGUAGAAACCAAAGUUUUUAUUGUGUGUAGAUAUUCACCUAGAUUUCUAUUUGAUUUGUUUAUUUGUGUAUAAUAUAGUCGAUCAUGUAUAAGGGAUUUUCAAACUUGUUAGAUCUAUUCAGUGUUUGCUUUUCAAUUAACAUAGAGAGAUACUUGACAUUGAAAUGGGUCAUAAAUAAUGUAUUAUGAAUGAAUUCUAAAAUGUCAUCUGCCUUUUCUUUUAUUCA